AUGCUAGCCGCACUCCAACCGCUCCAAGCGGUCCUCCUCGGCCUAGCCGCGGCAACCUCUGCUGUCCUCGCGACAGACACAGCGCCCAUCGUCAAAGACCCCAUCAACAACCUCUCCUACAAGGGCACCAUCACCACCGUCGGACCCAAAUCGUCAGAAACCACCACCAAGAUCGAACACUUUCUCAACAUCCGCUUCGCCGAGGCCCCCCGCUUCUCCCCUCCUACCCCCUUUCUCCCCUCUUCCGGGAGCACCAUCGACGCCACCUCUCCCGGUCCAGCAUGUCCCCAACUUCUCCCCGCCAUCCCUCCCUUCUUCUCCAUGACUGACGAGAUCAGCGAAGAUUGUCUCAACCUGCGCAUCUCCCGCCCUGCAGGCACCACGGCAGACGCCAAGCUGCCAGUGGUCGUGCACCUCCAUGGCGGCGGGGUAGUCAAAGGGUCGGCGUAUGAUCCUCACUUCAACCCUGAUAAGCUGUUGGCGUUGAGUGUGGAGAUGGGCGAGCCGGUGAUUUAUGUCGCUAUCAAUUAUCGACUUACCAUCUUUGGGUUCCCGCGACUUCCUUUGCUCAAGGAGCAGAAGUCCCUGAAUCUGGGGAUGCGCGACCAAAGGGCGGCGCUGGAAUGGGUUAGAGAUCACAUUGCCCAUUUCGGCGGAGACCCGGAAAGGGUUACCGCGUUUGGGUUGAGCGCUGGCGGGACGUUUACGAGUUUGCAGAUGGUUGCGUACGGAGGAGCCAAGGGUGCGCCGUUCACGAGGGCGUGGAUGAUGAGUGGACCGCCGGGGACGGCGCUGAAUAUGACGAGUGAGGAGACGGAGAAGCACACGAGGAUGGUUGCCGAGCGGGUGGGUUGUGAUGUCGAGAAGGGGGACGAGGAGGUGUUGGAGUGUAUGAGGAAGGUGCCUAUGGAUGAGCUGACGGAGAAGGCGAUGGCGUACUCGAUUGAGAAUCACCCGCCUGCUGGCUUGUUUACUUUUAUUCCGUCCAUUGAUGAUGACUUUAUCCCGGACCGGCAAUCCGUUCUCUACCAGUCUGGCAAAUUCGUCAAGGGCAUCCCCACAAUCCUCGGUUGGGCCCAAGACGACGGUGCCACCAACGCCGGCCCAGCGCACCUCUUUACCUCUGAAGAAUCCAUGAUCCCCGCCUUCCACGCCUUCACCGGCCCUUCCUCACUCACUCCCUCCGACAUCUCCACCCUCUUCUCUCUGUACCCCGAAUCCGACUUCACCCCGGAAUACCUCUCUUACCUCGCUCGCAAAUCCGCUGACGACCCCGAAGCACCCAUCCACUACUUCCGCAUCUCGCGCAUGUUGCGCGACCUGCUCUUCACCUGCUCCUCUAUUGACUUUGGGUACCAUGUCUCCCGCGCUUCAUACGCCGAGGACCCCGACAACUUUGCGGGAGUGAGACUGUACACGCUCAACCAAAGUAUGUUGACCCCGCUGUUUAGCAGGGCCGGGAUGCCGUAUCUGGGCGCGGUGCAUGGUAGUGAUACCAACUAUAUCUUUAAUGGCGUCUUUCCGGAGUUGGACGACGCUUGUUCAGAGGAGGAUAAGGAGUUGGCGAAAGAGAUGGCGGGGGCGUUUGUGAGGUUUGCUGCGACGGGGGAUCCGAGUUCUAGUUCCAAGGACAACCAGAAAGAGGGAGAAGAAGGGUGGGAGUGGCCCGAGGCGUUUGGCGGGCCUGAACUUGAAGAUGGGGUUGCCGCCAAAGGGCUGGAAGAACUACGGGGUCUGAAUGUGCAUGUUAUUGGUGGGCCGGUGGGGACGGGAAGCUGUAAGGUCAGACAUCAUGGACUUGUUGAGGGCCAGGAGGAUCUAGGGAGCAUGCAGAAGCCGAUGAUGGGAGAGGGAGUGGAGUAUGGGGAGAUGGGUGAGAAGGAUGAAGCCGAAGAGGCAGCGGCUAAAAACCCGGAACAGGUGAGGAAAAAGAGGGCGGCGCUGAUGGAAAGGGAGAAGUUGCUUAAGCGGUGUGCGUUCAUCCAGACUCUGAACGAGAAGCUUGGUGUUUGA